AUUUCCAGACGACCUCGGUUCCCUUACCCCCGGCGACGCUGCGGCUGCCGCCCUGCACCCCACCAGGACCUCUCGCGGGGCUCUCCAGCGUCCCCUUCUUCCGCGACUCCUCGCCACUUCCCCUCCCCGGCGGCGCGCUCCGACCUUUCUGUUUACCACCCAGCGCACAGCCCAGACAGAGACGUCAGCGCGUCUUUCCGGCUCUGGGGCCGCAGGAGGAGCCUCCCUCGCCAGCCGCCCUUGUUUCCCGCAGAGCCGCCAGGAGGAGGAACGGCUACCCAACCCGCUGGUGGUGGUCGCGCGUCUCUUGCGCGCUCGCCAAAGCCGGGGCGGCAGCAGGAGGGACGGGCGCGACCGUUGCGCACGGAAGGCGAAGGCUUUGACCAUGGCUGGCUCCCCGUAUCUAGAUGAAUCGCAGCUGAAGAACCUGAAGGCCCAGUAUGAGGCCCAGAACGCCAGCGGUCCUGCCUCCAAAAUCCAGGAGCUGGUGGAUUGCGUGAACACCCUCAAGGUCCAGGUUGGGAUCCUGGGCGAGCGGGGAGCAGGGGUCAGCACGCUGAUCCAGGCUCUCCUGGACAAGCCUCGCCGGGUGGAGGACCCCUGGGCUUACCUCCGGGAGAUUCCACAGCCCACAAAACAGCCGGUGGCCCACGCCCACCCCACGUACCCCAACCUCAUCCUGUAUGAUCUGCCAGGGUUCAAAGCCUCUGAGCAGCUGGCUGGGUAUCUCAAGCGCUUGGGUGACCUGAGCAAGUACAGCUGCUUUGUGGUGGUGCUGAGCUCUGGUUUGGGAGAUGCCCACCUGCAGGUCCUUAAGGCCAUCAAGCAGAAGGGGAAGGCGAUCUUCCUGGCACGCACCAAAAUCGACUUGGAUCUGCACACGGCCGAGCGGCGGCUCCGGACACGGUGCAAUCCCACUGAGCAGUUGGGGCUGAUCCGGAAAGAGCUGGCGGACACCUUAGCCAAGAACGGGCUGGAUGCCAAGAAGGUUUUCCUCGUGUCGGGGCUGGAGGCGGAAAGAUACGAGUUUGACCGCUUUGAGGACAGUUUGGAAGGGGAGGUGCUCAACUUAAUGAGAAACCACGACGGGAUCCUGGAGGACCUCACGCCUGUGAGCCGGAAGAAGAUCGAGGAGUUGUAUAAGAUUUGCCAGAGCGGCAGCUUGUCCGAAGUCCCGGCUGUGAUCUGUUCCGCACUGGAGGAGCCGACACAAAUCCGGCUGGAUGUUGCUGUGGUUGGAGAAGCUGGAUCAGGGAAGUCUUCACUGGUCAAUGCCUUGAGAGGUCUGGGCUCCGGAGAGCCAGGGGCAGCCUCCACCGGGGUGACCGGGACGACAAGGAAAGCGACCGCCUAUCCGCUCUCCACUGUCCCCAAUCUGUACCUUUGGGAUCUUCCGGGCGUGGGAGUGACGGAGGUGGAUGUGAGCCACCUGGAUCUCAGCCGCUACGACUUCUUCCUGCUGGUAGCCUCCGAGCGCUACAAGCAUGCCCACAGCUGCCUGGCCAGAGCCAUCACCUCCGCAGGGAAGGAGGCCUUCUUUGUGAGGAGCAAGAUAGACGUGGAUGUGGAAGCCCGGCCUGGCAGCCAGCCUGUGCCCAAAGAAGAGCUGCAGGAACAGGUGCGGAAGAGCUGCGUGGAGGCCCUGAAAAGGGACGGCAUAGCCUCCCCGCGGGUCUUCCUGGUCUCCAGCCUCAUAUCUGAAGCGUACGACUUGCCCCUGCUCCAGGAAGCCCUCAGGAGCAGCGCCCCUGACUUGAAGAAAAAAGCUCUGAAGAGGGCCAUCCCGACGGUCCUGUCCCGCCUUGUCAGGCGCAAGGCCAAGGUGUUGAUGAAAGACGUGUGGGCGAAGGCCCUGCAAAUCUGCCUCUACUGUGUGGAAAGGCCCAGCCCGGACGUGGCGGAGAACCUCAUCACCAUCAUCUCCGGCUUAUGCAUGGACUUUGGCCUCGAUGACGGUUCUUUGGAGCGCACCGCACAUGUCACUGGCCAAGCGGUCCCAUUGCUUCAGGCCGCAGUCCGGAGCCUCUUUGCGAAGCCCCUGAGCCCCACGUACGUGCUCAGCUUUGUCACCAAACCGAUCCCACUGACCCGCUGGGUGUGGAACUACGUGCCGUACCUGGGGCAGGGUGCCAAGGUGGAGCCCGAGAUCUCCUUCGAGUCCACUUACGGGAUGCUGAAGCAGGUAAUGGUGGAACUCUCUGAGGAUGCCGAGAGGGUGCUGAAGAUGGCAUUUGCUGAGCAGUAGAGCCAGGAAGGAAUUGGAGGGAGGGAGGGAGUGUGUGUGUCGUGGCAAAAGCCGUUCCCACCCCCUAAACUAUGACUGCUGUCAAAUAUAAAUUAGAGAACCGUCCUCGAGACAGAAGAGAUGGAGAAGGAUCAGCAAUUUCUGAAGACCAGCAUCUACAGCAGGCUUCAAACGGAUUUUUAAAAUGGAGCAUUGAAGAGUGUUGUUUAUGUGCUUAUUAGUGGGUGGGGGAGCUGGCUUUGAUCCCAGCACCUGUGAUGUCAGCAGAGAACUUGGUGUAGAAGUAGAGCCCGUCCUUGCCGAGAUGGUCCAGCCUAUACACAGGUUUCUCAUUUCGGACCGCAGGUGGGAGUCUCGUGUGAUCGAAUGCUCCUCUGUGCAUCACAGUUCCAUCCACACACCGGACUGGGUGGCUGGAAGGUGGCUAUGCUGGAAUCUCUUUUUGUGUGCUAACAUGAUCAGGGAGCUUUUUGACAUGGAGGAGCAUUCGCUCAUGUCAGUCCCCGUCUGCAGUCCAAAGUUAUUUUUUUUUAAAAACCCAUGCAGGUAUACAGCUUCAUCUGCUAUCAGGAGGAUUGAAGUCUUAGCUUCAAGUCCUGUUAAACUCCUCAGCUGAUGUUUGCCGGCACCUUUAGGUGCCAGUCUGAGGCACUUCUAACCUACACUUUGCACAAUCUGUCUUCUGCCCUGAAAGCAUCCCAGGGGCAGGUCGUGGCUUCAUGAAGCUGCACCACUUUGAAGAGAAGCACCUUGUUCGACUGCUACUUCACCACUUGCAUGCAGACUGUCUGCCUCUACACGUUUGUUUGGACUGGAGUCACAAGGACCGGGAAGGGAAGAGCCGGAUGGACCGUUCCGCCCCGCUUUGCACUGCUCAUGAGCUUUCUGUGUAGUCUUUGCUUGUCUACGGUCUGACCUUCCUGUUUUGAUAAUCAUACUUGUUUGUGAUGAUAAAACAAUGGAAAGAGA